AAAGGCAAGCGUGAGAAGCAAUGCUGGUGAGCAUUGGCUGCCUGUCUGAGAGUAUGAUAAGCGAGGCAGAAAGAGCUGACGACAGAUGUAACUUUACAUGCUUCUGUGCAUUCAUCUCUUCUGCUUCUGCUGUGCUGUGUGAUGGCUGAUUUGUCUCUUUCUGUAAAGCUGUUCUUCUACUGAUAAAACUGUCGGAUGAUUCAAAGAUGAGUUCGGUCUUCAGGUAUUCGAUGAAGCUGGUUUUGAGUGAGCUUUCUCUUUCCCUGCCUAUAUAAGAAGAUGGAGCCAUCCACUGUUGGUGUCUUGUCUUCCUCUUCUGUAGCCGUAGUCAUGAAUACUUCCCAACUCACCGGAGAUGACGCAGAAGAACUUAGCAGCUGCGAUUCUGGGUGGACCAAGUAUCUUUCUUCGCCUACGCAUCAUGAUGGCGGCGACGACGACGACGACGAUGAUGAUAGCGAGGUGGAGUUCACUGGCGGGGAUGAUGAUGAUGAUGAUGAGCACAAAGGUUACGAUAGCGAGGACAGUGACGAUGACUCCAUGGCCUCUGAUGCUUCCACCGGAUUCAUCGGCAGCGGCGUGGAUGGUUCCAAGUGCAACGACGUCGGUGACAACAUGGACGGAAAUGGGAAGGAGGGUCAUGCCCAGUGUUCUUCUUCCUACUCCCACGAGGAAUUCUACGAGGUGGAGGAGGCGAGAAGCAAACAGGCGUGCGAUCCUCGCAGCAACUCGGAAGCGAGGAAGAACAGAUUCAAAUGACAAAUGUUGUUUGCGUACCUUAUGCUCACCGUAGGAAAUGAUAUCUAUCCAUGUGUUGUUUUAGGAACCAUCAAUGUUGCUUUAUGAUUCGUGCACCUGUUUUAUAGGACAUCUGCGAAAUUUCCCGGCUCAAAUCUGACCAGGAUUGGGCCCAUGGCCCAACUUGACCCAACCUAUUAGUCCGCUUUGUAACCUCAAACCCGGCCCAAUUCGUACGCCUUUACCCUUCUCUCUCUCUCUCUCUCGCUUCCGUUGGAGGCAGCGGUGACCAAAGGAGCGUCGAACCACCGCGUCUGUCUCGUCGUCCCUCCGCCUCGGCAUUCCCACCGGAAACCCUAACAUUCAGGUCCUUUCGAUCGAUAGAAAACAUCGGGGCUCGGAUCGAUCCGUUUUCUUCUCCCUACCGGAAUUGUUGUC